AUGCUUUCUGGAGAAGUCAGUGAAAGCGCAUCCUCCUCAUCCACCACGUAUUAUGGCAGUUGUUCAAGAAUGGAUCCGGACGUGGCUGAACGUAUUGCUUCGCUUUUAUCUUCUCUAAGACUGACUUCACUUCGUAAUAAUAUUCCACAAGACGGAGAAGUGGAGCGUUUGAAAAAAAUCCAUCGACAACUGGAAUGGUUGGUUAGUGAAGAACCUGAUGAUCAUAGGCGACGGCGACUUCGGCAGAUAUUGCCAGCAGCUAACUGUGUAAGAGAGCAGGUUUUUGCGCUACGACGCUAUUUACAUAGUGUUAAUACUGCUUCAAGUACAAAUUAUGCAACACAUAUACAUGGAGCAUUAACAGCUAUCAUGAAGGAAUCGUUUGAGGAAGAAUACCGCAAAUUGGCUAACGUUAUUGGUAUUCUGGAUGCGGUUGCAGAGUUGUUGAUAUUUGAAGUAGACGCUUUUGAUAUUGAUUGUCCAGUGGAGAAUCGUACGAUUAGGAAGCUGAUAGCGAGUACAUUGACUAAUUUAACAUUUGGAAAUGCACAAAGUAAACGCCGUCUGUGUACGCAUCCGAAUCUUAUAGAAUAUACUAUUAGAAUCAUAGACGAUUCUCAUGGUCUCGCUCAGGUUUAUGCUGGUUUAUUACGGAAUUUGUCUUGGAUGGCAGAUGCACAGAUGAGUGCAACGUUGGCUUCUUCAGUUCCAGCACUUGUGAGAGCAUCGCUGCGUGCAUAUCGCACAUCUGAAUCAAAAUGUUUAUGUGCUACACUUUCUGCACUAUGGAAUUUAGCAUCACAUUCACGAGACAAUAAAAAAGCUCUUUGUGAAGAGCCAGGCUUUUUAGAAAUGCUCAUUGAUUUAUCAACAAAUGAUGCACAACAUACGACACUGGUUGAACCGGCUACUGGUGUUUUGAAAUACGCAUCAAUGUACCUAGCGGUAGUAGGAGCUGACCAAUAUUUAUCGACUAGUGCUAUUCAUAUGAUGAUGCUUCGUCUUAUCGACUUGUUAAACAGUUCAUCGUUUACCGUAAUAGGAAAUGCUUUAGGAAUACUCUCGCAGUUGCUUGCCAAAGGCCAUCAGUUGCGUUCUCAUAUUGCAUUGAAUCAUAAAGCUAUGUUAUUGUUGAAUCAUCUUCGAAAUUCUGCACGCGACGACAUUCGUAAUCCUGUUAAAACCGUGCUGAAUUACUUACAUUCAUUUGAUGCUUCUGGAGUUUAUGUGCCGACGUCACCUCACUCUUCAACACAUGGCAUGUCAUCAUCAUACGAUGGGUCAGCUUCAGUUGCUCCGUCUUAUAUGGAUUCAAGACGGUUAUUAAAAUAUCGUUCAUCUCAUUCUUACGGAACAAGUGUGCUAGCUGGCAACAUGAGCAACACAUUAAACGCUGAAUAUUUCCCUUAUUCUUCCCCAUUGUAUACUUCCACUAUGCGGCAGGGGUUUGCCCCACGUCCUGGUGAUCGUUCAAAUCACCAGGAGCAGUUUGCAUCUCUUCCGCGACAAUUUUUUCAAAAAAGUAAGAUAUCAACCGCAUCAUCCGUUGGAAAUGAUAAGAAUAUGUAUCUUAAGCAACUGCAAGCUACUGCACGAUUUUCUUCGCCCGUCACUGCUGUGAGGCAUCAUAUUCAUCUGGAGCGAAAGGAUAUGAGUACUUCGACAACGACAAAUGGUUUUGUUAUUGAAAGUCCGCAAGGUCCCAAUUCAAAUAAUAGUGAAACCGGUGAUAGUGAUGGAUUAGGAGUUCUGAACAAGUCGGACGAUCCGUCUUUCGAAGUAGAGGAUAGUGUGCGAUGUACACGUUGUACUAGCACGCAAUCGCUCUCGUCACUGUUUCCGGGUGAAAGAAGCACAUGGAAUAGUUAUAACAACUCCACAGCUGACAGUAAUCGUCUUUCUCCGGUUAGCGCCACUGAAAUUCCCGAUUCUCCCACUCAGUGCACACCAUUAACUGAUUUAACAACACUUGCUGCACGACAUUUUGAUAUAACUGCAACUGUCGAGGAACGUAAAACGCGGGGUGAAGUAAGCACAUCGAAGGAAGUAUUGGUUGAGGUUCCCAAACUAAAUAUGGCGAAAUCGAAUUAUAGUGAAAGUAAUUCUAUCAAUAAAGGUAGAAACACAAAAGGCAGCACAGAGCAAGAGAAUUCAUUAGAUGAUGAUUAUGGCAGUUUCAUGGGUCGCGCAGAUUCUGAACUGCUAAAUCAGUCGAUUGAAUCUGCAAUGCCCAAGAGGGUGGAAAUCAAUGAGAAAUUCCUAGCAGAUAUGAUUGAACAGGCACAACCAAAGCCGUCUCCGUUGAAACACCAUGGAAAUAAUGGAGGACGCAAUUUUUCAAGAGCCUCCACAGCCAGAGCAUCGAGCGUGAAAAUAGACAACGAUGAUUUCUUGUUACAAAGCAUUGCCAGCGUAUUACCGCAAAGCUCUAGGUCCAUACAUGAUAUAUCAGGCGUAGGUUCACCUCCAAAAAAAGCGAGGGCCAUGACGGGCGACACCGCACGCACGUCAAGUGGCCCUAAACUUGGUUCUCGUGCGGUUCUUUCAAAUUCGCACAGUCGUCUUACGCACAGUUGUUCCGUUCUACGUACGAAGGAAUCGAGAUCGAAUGGCACAAAUCUGAAAACGAAAUUCGGAAACAGAAUUGCUGCAUCAAAUUCUGCUGCACUAUUUGAUGCAGCAUUACGAAUUUCUUUUAUGGAAAAUCCAAAAACCACAGAAAAAGUUCGAGAUGCCUCGUUGUUGGUCCAUGAAGAGGAGAGCGACACACUGAGUGAAGACAACUAUAGUCCUUUAAUGGAUAACAAUGUGGAUGUUGAUAAAAAUGUGCCUCAAGAUAUUGAUGAAGAAUCUCAGGCGGAACAGCUUAUAAUAGAUUGUAGCAUUGUGUCAGAAAAUAAUGUAAAGCUAGUGCAGAAAGAGAGCUAUGUACAGACUAACACGUCGAAUCGUUCUGAAAGAAAUAUGGAGAAGCGAUUAUCACGGCAAGAAAUUUUCAUACUUCCAGCACCGCUGAGCAACUUUAGUUCACGAAACAGCUCUCUCUGUAAUCCUAUCAUAGCAUCGACAUCAAGAAAUUCUUCUAAAUUAAUGGCUAUAUCCCCUGGUCUUAUCAGCCAAAAAUUUCCAGUAAAAAAAUCUAAGCAUAAUGUUCUUAUUUCAAAGUCGACGCAGGCUUCGAAAAUUGGAAACUCUUGUAAUGCUGUGAAAUCGUCAGAAGACUGUAAAGAUGAGGCUGAACAUCACGCACGUUCUUUGCCAAGAUCUAAGCAGUCAGUCUUAUCGAAAGCUAGGCUUGUUCCAACAUCUCGUUCACCAUCAAAUUCAGAAGUCAAUAUAUCGCGAUCUACAACUUAUCACGAUCAAACAGCUACAUCUGACACCCUCAAAAUAUCUCAUAAUUGUGCUAGUUCUCUUUAUGAAACAGUCAAACCCCAGGCUGUUCUUAUUCAAGAGUUAGCUGAAGACCGGUCCGCUAAAAUAUUGCCAUUGAAUCAUAGGAAUGUGAAUAAAAAAGCUGCUAUUGUUAUUUCUGAAAAUGAUAGCAAGAGAGAUACUGUUGUAGCAGAUACUGAAAAUGACGGCGGAACGCAGUGUGACAAUCAGUCAGCAUGUGGAAGAAAAAAAACUAUUAAACAAAUGCUUGUUACUACCGUUUAA